AUGAGCGCGCUACGGACGACCCACCCGACGAGGGCGGCCUACGAUGCCGCUCUAGACCUGCUGCGCGAGUCGACGGCCUACGCCUACCAGAGCACGGUUGCAUGGCACCUGCAGCCGCAGCUGGCCAUCGACGGCGUCGAUGGCUGCCUGUCCUGGCCGAUGGCCAUGCACCAAGAACAGCAGCUCUGGACGCGCUAUGCCCACUACAGCAUCCUUCCAACGUCCAAGGUUCGCAUCAUCAACGAAGAUGCGUGGGCGACGCUCGUGCGAACGAGCCUUUUGCCCGACAUCCAGCAGACGCUGCGCGUCACCGACACGGGCGUCGUCGCCGUCUUUUCGCAUCUGUGCAUCGACACGCAUGGCUCGUCGGCGUGCCUCAACCCGCGACCGGAUAUUGCCAACGUGUUUGGGAUGCUUCUGGUGUCGCUGCCGUCCUCCGUCAAUGGCGGCGCGAUCGCGAUGGCGUAUGGCGGCGGCUCGACGAUGCAGCGUCCGUCUCAAAAGACAAUGCAAGUGCUUGCAACGCGCCUUAAUGCAACCAUCACAUCGUCGCCGAUCCGAGCUGGCCGUCGCGUCGCGCUCGUGUACGCCUUGGUGGCGACGGACGUGGACGCACGCGUCCUUCCGCCGCUGCCAACACACGACGACACCGUCGCCGCCUUUGCAGCGAUCGCUGCGCACCCGCCAUCUGCGCUGCAACGCCUAGGGAUCCGUCUCGAGUGCAAAUUGGACACCUUGUCGUUCGAGUGCCUUGCGCCCAUGGACGCGGCGUUGGUCGACGCCUUGAUCGCGACACGGCACUUUGACGUUGCGCUCGUUCAACUUGGCGCCGACGUCGUGUCCUGUCUUUCUGGAAAACGCAUCGAUUCGCUGCUUGGCGCCGUCCACGGCUCGUCGUCGCCCCAUGCGAUUGUGUUUUGGCUCAAGCCGUACCGCGCAGGUCUUGUCGGACGCCUCGCUGCUCUUGCACUCGCGCAGACUGCUAAAGAGGAUACGGAGCGCCUUGGUCUGGGCGCUCGGGAGCUUCUUCGCGGCAUUCUCGCAACGUUUCUCGACACUGGAACGUCGUCCCAUGCCACCAUGACAGCACGCGACAUGCACGCGAUGACGAGCCUCUUGCUACAGCGCCGCCAUGUCGACCUCGCUGCGAUCUUCCUUUCCAACGUUGUCUCGAUUGCGCGCACGAUCUCGAUCCAGGACAUGGCGACUUGCAUCCAUGCGUGUCUGGCAACGUACGACUGGACACUGCUCUUUUCAGCCGUCCAGAGCCUUCUACGUCGAUGGCUACGUGUGCGCCCGAUGCGUGACAGUACUCGUCUCCUUCUGAGCCUCGCGGGUGCCACGAAUGGCGACGACGCCGUGUGCCGUCCGCUACAGCAGCCGUAUGUGUGUGAGCUCAUAAAAAUGAGCUGGGAUCGGAUCGCACCAUCGGUCUUGACUCUGGACCGAGGGUCGUACCCCGCCGAGCACUGGAUUCUACUCGACUGGUACCUCGACGAGUUUGCGCCGCCGCUCAAGUAUGGCAACUGGCUCGGCACCCGCCUACCGCCUGCGCUUACGCUCAUCGUCGACAGCUACCUUCACACGCGUCCGUUUGGCUCGGUGCUCUCGGGUGUGCACACGUCGGCGUCGUGGCUGCUCCAGCAUGUACCACAAGGCCUUGUCCGAGCCAUUGCACGCCAACCAACACUGCCUCGGCGGCGGUACCUGGACGUUUUGUCGGUCGCGAUCAACGAGAUUCGGAGCACGUCCGACGAUGUCCAUCACUCGAUCUCGUCGACCAAAGUGGGUGCCAUUAUAGACGCGAUGGAGACCUUGGGCCAAAACACCCCAUGUCUACUGGACGCGUGUCGGAAGCUCAGUUCCAACCGCAGCGUCGUCGCCGGUAUCUUGCAGUUUCUCAAGCACCCGACGUCGCCGGUCACACCGUCGGCCCAAUCGCUCGUCGCCGAGUAUGUCGUGUCGAUUGCAGCAUCGUUUUUCAACAGGAGUGGCGCCCAGCGCAACGCGCGAGACGGCAAAGCUAUCGUCGAUGUCAUCGAAGUGCUCACGUUGGCGGCACCGAGCAAAGUGCCGACAUUUCUCACAGGGUGGCUCGCGGCGCAGUCCUCGACGCUGGACGCGACACGCUCUGUGCUCUAUCCUGUGGUCGAGCUGCUACGCACGCGAUUCCAAGACCGAGACCUCGACCUUGUGGCGCAGCUAGCGACAGUGUGUCUGACACGGUUUCUCGACGGUAAUGCGCUCGCGCCGGUGCCCGACUUUGGCAACGACUUUGUCUUGGCCGAACGAGUGGAAGCGCUCGUGGAUGACCACGCUGCACAGCUCGCGCUGGAGCGGAACGGAGACGUGCACGGCGACCCCUACGACGACUUUGACAAUUUUGACGACGGCCUGUUUGGUGGCGGCUUUAUGGGCGGCUACGCACUGGCCGAUCACUAUGUCGUGCGCAAGCUCGCGCAACCGGGUCGUGCGACGGUCGAUGAUCUCGAUGAAUAUCGUCGGCGCAUCAAGCUGCUCAAGGACGACGCCAAGCGCAUUGCAAUGCUUGACGACAUACUCGCGAUCCAUGCGGCAGCCAUUGAUGAGGAUGAACCGUCGCCCAAGCGCCCGCGGCUUGGCACAUCGUAG